AUGGCGGAGGCCAGUGCUGGGGCAAAGAGUGAGCCGGAAGCUCCUGCCAAAGAAGAGCAGGACUCACAAGAGACAGAAUGGGAACAGUUUCAGAAGUGGAAAAAGGCCCAACAAGAGGCCAAGGAAAAAGAAAAGGAAAAAUCAAGAAGCCCGCCGAAGAAGACGAAGACCGCAGAAGAUGACCCUGAGUUUAUUGCUAAGCUGCAGUCAAUGGGAAUCCAGAUAGAUGAUCUGGACAUGCAGCUGAGACAUCAGCUGCGAACUUCGGAGCAAGCUCGAGAAGAUUUCCUAGCAGUGCACCAACGCGGCGCCCUCACCACCUACAAUCCGGACACCGGAAUUUUUCAGGCAGAGCAGCCUGCUAGGAAGAGAGACUUUGCCACCUCCUCGGCUGACAACGUUGAGAUAGAGCAAUCCCUGGAACCCAGGAUCAAGGAGGCCAUGCUCAGUUACCACCAGAACUCCGUCCUCCCGAAUGUCAACAAGCUGUUUCAGCAAUGCGACAUGUUUUAUCAGCAGGUCUCAAUCGAGACAGCGAUGCAGCAGUUCCAGAAUGAGAGAUUUUCUGCACAGCUCCAGUCCCUGGAGCAAAGCAGGGCCAACAAGACCGUCCUCCUCUAUGACCUGCCGCCGUUUACAAAUCGUUCUACGCUGGAAGGAAAUGUGUCCUACGUUUUGGAUAGCAGAUUUCCACGUCGCUACGCAUGCUUGCUCUUCCUGGACGACCAGCACUAUGAGGACGUCCUGCAGAAGUGGCACGCGGCUUUUUCCGAUCGCAUGCGCCGCACGAUUCACGGACAAGACGACAACAUCGAGGAGCUCUAUGACAAGUCCUUCGACCUCUCCAACAACCAGGCCAAACUUGCCAACUUCCCCUACCCG